UGGAGAAGAUUAUGAAUAGCUAUCUUUUCAUUUUGUUUGCAUUUGUCUGUUUAGUUUAAAAUAACUCUGUAUUAUGACUUGGGGGACAGAAUUGUGGGAUCAAUUUGAUAGCCUGGCAUUCCACACAUCCAAGGGAAUUGAAUUUUGUGAUAGAUUUGCUCAGUUCAUUAAGGAGAGGUGUGUGGUGGAGAAUGAAUAUGCAGCUAAACUCAAAAAACUUGUUAAGAACUUUCAGCCUAAAAAGAAAGAAGAUGACGCAGAGUGGACCAGUUUGAAGGGGUUCUGUUGUAUGAUAACAGAGGUGCACGACAUUGCAGGCCAGCACGAAAUGAUCGCAGACAACCUCAUCAACAUCACCAUCAAAGAUUUACAAGCCCUGGUGCAACAAAUUAAACAAGAGAGGAAAAAGCACCUGAUUGCUGGCCAGAAGCAGCAAGCGUCGUUACAAAACCAACUACAACUACUUGAUAAGACGAAGAAGCAGUAUGAGAAGUCAUUUAGGGAGGCAGAGAAGGCCCAGGAGGCCCACAAGAAGGCUGAUGCCGACAAACACAUGUCCAGAGCUGAUGUGGAAAAGGCCUACAACAACAUGGUACAGAAGCAACAGGUAUCUGAAGAUUGCAAGAAUGAAUAUGCUGCGGAACUUCAGAAGACAAAUGAAUUUCAAAGGCAGCAUUUUCACCAUCACAUGCCACUGAUAUUUGAACAAAUUCAGGAGAUGGAGGAGAGAAGGGUGUUGAAAGUUCAGGAGUUGCUGAUGAGUUGUGCCACUAUUGAGAAGGAGGUCAUGCCCAUCAUCAACACCUGCAUCGUUGGAAUGGUCAAGGCUGCUGAGUCUGUUUCUUUUGCUGUGGACUCACAAUUGGUGAUUGACAAGUACAAAUCUGGUUUUGAACCUCCUGAAGACAUAUUCUUUGAAGAUCUCAGCAACCCUCAAACAUCUGUGGAGCGCAUAAACGCAUCCACACCUCAGUCCUCUGCAUCCAACUCUGCAUCACAGCAUGGCUCCUCCAAUCGCAUGGAUAUUGUCAGGAGUUCCUUCUCUGGCUCGAUGAGAAGCAAGAGGAAAACACGUCUGCUCAAUAUUUUCUCCAGUUCAAAGACUGAUGAAAUCAAAGAAGAUUACAGCCAUCUACCACCAAACCAGCAGAAAAAAAAGUUAAGUCAACGAAUCAACAGCAUCAAAAGUUCUAUUGCCAAGGAAACUGCUGAGAGAGAUGGCAUGCUGAAGAUGCAGGAUGUGUACAAGCAGAACACUGCUCUCGGUGACCCUCACACCGUUUCUAAACAACUUGAAGAAAAUGGUCAGAAAUUGGACAGGUUGAGAGUUGAGCUUCAGAAAUUUGAGAGAAUCAGCAGAAACAGUGCAUUAAGGAACAACAGUAUUUCCGGGACAUCACUGACCACGAUUACAUGCAGUAACAGCAGAAGCAAAAAAAAUGAAAGCAACAACGUCAGAGAAUCCUGCCAGUCGAGCACGUUAGAUCAGGAUAGCUUCGAUGACAUUGACGAUGAUGACGACAACUACGAUGAUAUUGACCAGAAACCACAGGGAAACUGCGUCGCUAUUUAUCCAUUUACAGCGCCGAGUGAAGGCUCCAUAUCAAUGGAAGAUGGCGAGGUGUUCCAAAUUAUGGAGUUUGAUCAGGGAGAUGGCUGGAUGAGAGUCCGCAGACUGAACAACUCUGAGGAAGGCUUCGUGCCAACCACCUACGUUCAAAUACGCGACAAGAGCUGA